AUGGAACUGGGUGAUAAGGCAGUUGGUUGUCUGCUGACGCUAACGAGCUUAUCCAUCUUCACGUAUUACACAUUCUGGGUCAUUAUCUUGCCCUUCGUUGGCAGUGACCACUUUGUGCACAAGUACUUCCUGCCUCAAGAGUAUGCUAUUUUGAUACCAGUGAUUGCCGGCGUGGUUCUCCUUUCAUUCUUGAUCAUUUUUGUAGGUCUCGUGAUGCUCAAGUCAAAGAAGAAGAAGAAGACUACUUGA